CCUAUCCAACCGCCCCAGCAAGAAGGCCCCGCACUGGACGUCUCCCUGCGUCUUCCUACAGGAACGGGGCGGGCGGCCAGGUCCCCGAGGCUGCAGCUUCGGUGACAUCCCCGGGCGGAGGCGGCGCGCUCAGCGGGGCGGGUCACCGCGGCGCCUCCGAGCCCCUUAGCGCAGCGCCGGGCUGGGGACGGGGCAGAGGCCGCCGCAGGCCCAGGGAGCCACUCGGGCUGUCAACCCCAGGCGGCGCGGACGUGACGACCUCGAACCCUCGCCUCUGAAAAUGCGCGGGGGCCAGGGGCGUGUAGGCGCACCCAUGUGCUGGCUUUGGCGGCGGACGCGGCGGCCUCACCUCCUAGUCUAGCCGGGGCCGGUCCGCUAGGCUCCGCGGUUAGAGGCAGCUGCCGAGGGACCCGGAUGCCCCGCCUCCCGCGGUCCUACCAGCAGGAAGCGAGGAGAGCGCGCGUGCGCAGAAGGGUGGCCUUGCGCAAGCGCACUGCCCGCGCCCUCCCGGCCCCGCCCGCCCGCUGCAGGUUUCCCACGGAUUCUGCACCCGGAAACUCAGGUGUUCGCGGAGGCCCCGAAGUCCUCCUCAGGUUGGUGAGCGUGCGCUGUCGUGCGCUGGCCCCGGGCGAGUAGAACUGCCAGGAAGCCUCUGUUCCUCCCGUGUGGACCUCUCCAUAGAGCUGCGUGAGUGUCCUCACUACAUGAUAGCUGACGUCCUUCAGAAUACUUCUGUUAUAUGAAGUUGAACAUGGAGGAAGAAGAGGACUAUAUGUCUGAUUCCUUCAUUAAUGUCCAAGAAGAUAUCAGACCAGGAUUGCCAAUGCUGAGACAAGUUCGAGAAGCCCGUCGAAAAGAAGAAAAGCAACAAGAAGCUAAUUUGAAAAAUAGGCAGAAGAGUUUAAAAGAAGAAGAACAAGAAAGACGUGACAUUGGGUUGAAGAAUGCACUAGGCUGUGAAAACAAAGGGUUUGCUUUGCUCCAGAAGAUGGGAUAUAAAAGUGGUCAGGCCCUUGGCAAGAGUGGAGAUGGUAUUGUUGAACCAAUUCCUCUCAAUGUCAAAACAGGAAAAAGUGGCAUUGGUCAUGAGACUUUAUUAAAACGGAAAGCAGAGGAAAAAUUAGAAAGCUACAGAAGAAAGAUUCACAUGAAAAACAAAGCUGAAGAAAACGCUGCAGAGCAGUUCCGAAUGCGACUUAAAAGUAAGCAAGAUGAAAUGAAGCUGGAAGGAGAUCUUAGAAGAAGCCAGCGAGCCUGUCAACAAUUGGAUACUCAGAAGAAUAUACAGGUUCCCAGGGAGGCCUGGUACUGGCUGAGGCUCGAAGAGGAGACUGAAGAAGAGGAAGAGGAAGAAAACGAACAAGAUGAAGAUGACUAUGAGAGUGACGAUUUAAGUGUACUGGAGAAAUUACAGAUAUUGACGAGUUAUUUAAGAGAAGAACAUCUGUAUUGUAUUUGGUGUGGAACAGCCUAUGAAGAUCAAGAAGACCUGUCUUCAAAUUGCCCAGGACCAACUUCUGCAGAUCAUGACUAAGAUUCUCAAUAAAGUAGAAACUUGGAAAAUGCUGUUGUUUCCUAGACAGUUAAGCAGUUAGAAUUCCCAAAAAUUUUUAUGUUUUUUUUUUUCUACUUUAGAGGUACUUUGUACUUUAAAAUAUAAAAGUUCAUGGACUCCAAAAAUAAAAUAAUGGAAUGCUUUUUCAGAACACCAGAUGGGCCAUUACAAGUUAUGGCUCUAUUGUGAUGCUUAUGGAGUUUAAGGACACCAACAGGUAACUCUCUUAUUCCCCUCUUCAUUUCGGAACAAGUUAAAAAAUAAGAUGUGGAAGUCAGAUAUCAUAAUAUCAGCUUUAUUGUCCGUGAAGCUAAAACAGAGAGCAAGGCUGACCUGUCUCCAGUCAGGCUCCCUAAUAAAUCUGCCUGAUUGGCGAGAACAGCAGGCCUCUCUCUGCCUUGCAGGGACACAGCCCAACUUUGCAUUUUGAGACCAGUUAGCUUUCUAGGUGAGAGGAUCCACCAGGGACUGAGCCUCAUGUGCUAGUUCCGUCUCCCAAAAUCACUCAUCAGAUAAGACAUCGCUGCCCUGGCCAGUUUGGCUCAAUGAAUGCCCACUGAAGGGUCCUGGAUUCAAAUCCCGUCAAGGGUUCUCACAUCAAUGUUUCCUCCCUUCCACUCUCUCUAAAAAUCAAUGGAAAAAUAUCCUCAGGGGAGAAUUAACAAACAAAAGACACCCCUCUAUUGAGAGGGACUGAAUGAGGGUCCACAGAGCUUGUUCCCACACUUCUCAGAGCUCACUGCCUUAAACCAUUCCAUUGCUGGGUAGGUGUAAGCAAUUUCAAAGUUAUUUUUCUGUCUUAAGCUGAAAUCUGCUUCCCUAUAAUUUCACUGAAUACAGCUGAAGACCUACUGUGGCACACCUCUGCAGAGCUCCAUCCAAGGUUGGGCAUUAAAACCAUGAACUUUUUUUAAAAUGAUUUUGAUGAGCUAAAAUUUUGAUGAGUUCCUGCCUAUCUGUAUUUAUUUUAAAGUUCUCUAAGAAUGAGUCUCAUAAGCACCUGUGGGUGAGAACUAAUGCUAUAGGUUAAAUAUAGACUUGGGAUAGCAUUGUGACCACCCCUGUAGUUUUACCUCUCACCUUUCAGUAGUGAAGAGCAAGAGGUCAACCUCUUCUCCCUUUUGUUAGAAACAGCAUACACGAGAACCUAGCCAAAGCUAAGCUACUCUGGCACAAGCUAAUCAAUAGCACAACUUGUUUUAGCCUCCGACCUAAUGUGACCUAGUUCACUGGUCCUCAGGUUGAACAUGGGGAGCUUUAAAAAAGAAUACGAGGGUCCCACCCCCAGAGAUUCUGAUGCCAUUGGUCACUGGGGCCUUGGAAGCACUGCCCUUGACUCUAAGAUGCAGCAGAGCUUGAGAACCACUAACCUGGUUUAUUUCUG